AUGAUUCAGCAGUCAGCAGACGCCUCCCAACAACAGUUCAUAUUCGUCGGGGCCCCCGUCCUCAAGAAGGAAGCCAGCCGUCUGCGGUCAACUCUCGUGAGACGGGCGCUCGCCCAGAGACGAUCGCAAAGAUGGCAGGAUGCGGCGAACAAGUUGGAUUCAAUCAACCGUCUCCGGUUGGGUCCCACGCCCAGCUACGAAUUACCCCAACCCUUCAUUGCUCGGCGCAUAUCGCUCGAAUCCUUUCUACCUAUGGAUGCUACCGCCGCUGAGCUAAAAGUGACCGAGCUGCUGGAUUUUGCCGCGACUACAAUCUGGCCGCAUUUUCGGCCCGUGGACUACACUGGAAAUGGGUACCGGUCAUGGGCUUUUCCGAUGGAGGACAAAAUGCAAUUAUAUGCUGUCUUAUACGCAGCAUCUUGCCACCGGGAUGUGCUCCGCAUCACGUAUGGUGCGGAAGAUCCCAUCUUAGACUCCAAGGAACGGAUGGAAAUCAGAGGGCUGGCCCUUCGGACGUUGCGCAUGGAGGUUGCUAAACUAUCUGAACUCACCUCUCCAACAACCUGCCUUGACGGAGUCAUAAUGUGUAUUCUGUACCUGGCAGUACAUGAACUUCACAAGGGGACAAUGGCUCGCGAUCGUAGCUUGUUUACUCCUCCUUUCAUCAGCCUGCAGGCUUUAGAUGUUUAUGGCGGCCGGAUAUAUCAUUCGUUACAUUGGAACACAAUGCAGGAGAUAAUCCAACGAUGGGGUGGAAUUGAAAAAAUCGCGACUGCUCGGCUGGUUUGGCUGCUCAGUCUGUCUGACCUUUUCGGCGCUUUCCAGGUUAUCCGCAAGCCAAUCUAUCCGAUGAUGACUGUAGCAGGGAGGCGGUUGGCUCUGCAGCGUCCCGGGCUGCUGUUCCAACCACACGGAUACUAUGAUACUAGUUCAAUCCUUCUCUCGCCAGGCUUGAGUACGCCGCCGGGCUUCGGAUUUCAGGUACUCUCUUUCAUCUGGCCGCCAGUGAAGCAGGAUAUAGCUGCGGUCUUCAUCCAUCUAGGCGAAUACUCCGCCGUCGUCCAACACUACACAAACACUAAAUGCGGCGACGUCGUUCUAGAUCUACUAGGCGACAGCAGGAACCUCAUCCACCAUCGCCUAUUCUCUCUACCAGACGAGAGCGGACUCUGCGAGCUCAUCUUCGAACUGCCCCAUUCUCAGUGCCCUUGUACCGCGAAUUGA